AUGCCGCUAAAUAAUAUUUUGGCGGUGGAAAUAUUUGAUGUGUGGGGUAUUGACUUCAUAGGAAUGUUUCCAUUUUCCAAUGGUUAUCAAUACAUUCUUGUGGCGGUGGAUUAUGUAUCCAAGUGGAUUGAGGUUGCAGCUCUUCCCACUAAUGAUUCAAAGGUGGUGAUAAAGUUCAUGAAAAAGCAAAUAUUCACUCAGUUUGGGACUCCACGAGCUAUUAUCAGUGAUGGAGAGAAACACUUCAUUAAUCAGUUGCUAGAUGAUGCAUUAUGGGCAUACAGAACAGCAUACAAAACACCAAUUAGGACUUCUCCCUACCAUAUGGUAUUUAGUAAAGCAUGUUAUCUUCCAUCCAAGCUAGAACAUCAAGCAUAUUGGGAAAUCAAGAAGCUAAAUCUUGACCUAGAGUUAGCUGGCAAGAAAAGACUUGGACAACUGCAUGAACUAGAGGAGUUUCAACUCCAGGCAUAUGAGAACGCACAGUUGUAUAAAGAGAAGAUGAAAUGCGGGCAUGAUAAGCACAUUUUCUCUCGCAUCAUUGAGCUGGGACAACAAGUCUUGUUAUUCAACUCUAUUUUAAAGUUAUUCCCUGAAAAACUGAGAUCUAAGUGGAGUGGACCAUUUGAGGUAGUGAGGAUGACAAAGCAUGGAGCGUAG